GUUGCGGUCCUCGGAGGGGGGCCUGCCGGAGUCACCGCCGCCAUUUACGCGGCUCGCGCCGGGCUCAAACCGCUGGUCAUCGCUCCGGCGCUCGGCGGGCAGCUCCUGUCCGAGGGCGCUCUCCGGCCGCUUGGAGUCAACGUGGAGAACUACCCGGGCCUCGACGGCGAGUCUGGCGGCGAGAUCAUCCGGCUGAUGAAGCGGCAGGCGCUCAAGUUCUCGACGACCUUUGCUGACGACUGGGUCACCUCGGUCGACCUGUCUGUGCGGCCGUUUGUGAUCAACACGAACGGCUCCGCCCUCACGGCGCCCUCGGCCGCGCACUCGCUCGUGCUCGCGACCGGGGCGGACUCGCGCUGGCUGGGCGUGGCGGGCGAGGAGGACUUCAAGGGCGGGGGCAUCUCGUCGUGCGCCACCUGCGACGGCUUCCUCUUCACGGGCAAGCCGGUGGUCGUGGUGGGCGGCGGCGACACGGCGAUGGAGGAGGCGCUGGUGCUCGCGCGCACCUCGUCCCACGUGACGCUGCUGCACCGGAGGGGCGAGUUCCGCGCGUCAAAGGCGGCGCAGGCGGCGGUCCUCAACCACCCGAAGAUCACAAUCAUGUACAACACCGUCGUCCAGGAGUUCGUCGGCGGCGACCCCGCGGCGGGCGGCGUGCUGACCACGGACGUGAGCGACGCGUCCAACGUGACCAACAUCACCGCUGACGCCGCCUUCGUCGCCAUCGGCCACAUCCCCAACACGGGGUUCGUCGCCGGGCAGCUCGAGAUGAACGACGCGGGCUACCUGGUCACGCGGGCAGGCUCGACCGCCUGCUCGGUGGACGGAGUCUUUGCGGCGGGCGACGUCGCCGACUGGACGUACCGGCAGGCAAUCACGUCCGCCGGCUCGGGCUCGCAGGCGGCGCUUGACGCGGAGCGGUGGAUCUCGGAGAACAGCAUCGGCGGACUCGAGGACGAAGAGGCGGAGGAGUGCCACCCCGGGGACUACGAGUCGUGGACGAUGAAGCAGAUCCGGAAGCAGCUGAGCGAGAUGGGCGUCGACGUCAAGGCGGAGUGCCGCGGCUGCAUGGAGAAGUCGCAGUUCAUAGAGGAGCGCCGCCGGCGCCGCGAUGGCAGAACAAGAAGCCGUCCCACUCGUGAGAAGAAGGCUGUGAAUAGGUGCUCUGCCGGCACGGGGGCGCGUGACCGGCGACGCGCAGUGGCGACACGCAGUGGCGCGCGAGGCCGGGCGGCGGGUUGGGCGGGCGGGGUUUGGGUGCCAGAGUUUGUCACAGAGCGGGGGCAGCGAGGCGCGUCGGGUCUGUGCAGGAGGCGGACGGUUGGGUGUGUACGUGUGCGCGAGAUCCGCCAGGGCAGUUGCUAA